UCAGUUUGCACAGCAUUCAUUUAAUACACUAUUAUUAUAUUUGUCAAAUUGCAAAGAUAGCAUUCAGUCAAGCACUGUUAGUACAAAGGUAUACGUGUUCCGCGACAGAUACGACGAAAUGAGUGUACCAUCCGAAGUAUCCUCUGUUAUCGAGAGAGUGGCCUCAGUUUUGGGACUGACCCAAUACAAUGUUAAAAUGAAAGGAGGUAAUAAAAAGGGUGAAGGUUAUUUAGGCGAAAUUCUCUUCCUGGAGUUAAUAAAUCCGUCAGAUAAUUUAACGCACGACUUAGUUAUUAAAAAGGCAUUCACUGACUCUAAAAUCAGAGAUACGGCACCUGUAAGAUUUGCCUUCAUUAAUGAAGUCUACUUUUACGACACUGUUGUUCCGGCAUUACAAAAAUUCGAAGUGCAGAUAGGCCUAAAUAAGUUUGAUAAGUUGCCCAAAUGCUACUUGACAUCAUUAGAAACGCCAAUGGAAUAUAUCGUUAUGGAAAAUCUCAAGGGAUCUGGAUUUCAGUUGUUUGACAAAAAGCAGAUCGCAACUUUUGAACAUAUGGAGUUUAUUUUCAAAGUGUACGGCGAGUAUCACGCCUCUUCAUUUAUAAUGAGAGAACAAAAUCCGAAAUUGUUUGAAACGCUUAAUUCUGGACUGGACAACAUCUACCACAGGUUCAUGGAUGUGGUUUUGUUUACGGAGGCGUUACAGCAAAUGUUCAAUAUGCUCGGAGACAAACUUAUACCAGGAACUGAUGACGAUGUUAAAAAGGCAUUUAAGAGAUACGAAAACGAUGUGGUGUCAAUUUUUAAGGAAAAAAUCGACUAUACAGGAAAAUACGCAGUAAUAUGUCACGGUGAUGCUUGGAGCAAUAAUAUGAUGUUCAAAUUUGAUAGCAAUGGAAACUUUAGUGAUAUCAAACUUCUGGACUUUCAACUUGCUCAUAAGGGAUCAAUUGUACAGGAUUUGACUUAUUGUUUAUACUCGAGCGCGUCUAAGGAGACCUUUGAUCGAUUGGACGAACUACUCUCAGCGUACCAUGAAAGCUUUUCGGUGAUUGUGAAAAAGUGUGGCGGGAAUCCGGACGAAUUGUUGCCAUUGAAAGAAUUGAAAAAAGAAUGGAUCGAAUACUGUGCUUAUGGAUUCAUUAUGGCUUUUAUGGUUAUUAGAUUAAAAACUAAGAAGGACGACGAUGUUGUGGAUUUAACAGAUUUGGGUAAUAUGAGCAAUGAAAAAGAAAUGAUGCAUCAUUUUAUCAAUGGGCCAGAAGACGAUGACUACAACAGACGUAUAAGAAACUUACUUUUACAUUUAUAUGAAAUUAAAUUUACAAUUGAACGUGCCGGUGUUAACAUGGGGGACAUUAAAAAUAUCAGCGAGGCUCUCCAAGAACACUUACAAAUCGAUGAAGAAAUACGUAACUGUGCAACUGGACCAUUAACUGCAGCUGGUGACAAUUACGGCGGCAUUAUUUUAAAAGCGAACAUAGAAAUCCACAACAAGAGGACAAAAUCCGACCGAACACUUCAAGCAAUCGUGAAGUUAAUACCCGAAAAUGAGUUUUUAAGGCAAAUUUUUAACUCUAAUGUUACUUUUAAAAAUGAAAUCGAGUUCUACAGAACGGUGAUACCGUUGCUGCAAAACUUCCAAAGAGAUAAUGGGAUGGACGUUGCGGAUUACUUUCCCACAUACUAUGGAUCCAAAAUAAGUUUCGAUGCAGAUGGGAACAUUAAGGACGAUUCAGUGUUAAUUUUGGAGAACUUAAAAGUGAAAAAUUUUACUGUAGACGAUCGACUGCGUGGAGUGGACUUAGCAACGGCUAAAUUGACGUUAAAAAAUCUAGCCAACCUCCAAGCAACUGUUGUGGCAUUUAAACUGAAGUUUCCGCAAGUUUUCCAAGAAAAAGUUUGCCCAUACUUAGGUGGCGCCUUAAUGCAAACCGCAUUGCCGGAAGUUGUGUACCAAAAACAGAAAAAGGACUGUUUCAAAAUACUAUCUGAGAAUGAUGAACUUGUUCACUUGAAGGCUAAAAUCGACGGCAAAUUUGAGAUGCCCAAAGUGUAUCCGCCACGGGAACCUUGGGCGACUAUCGUUCAUGCAGAUUUGUGGGUCAAUAACACCAUGACCAGAAUUGUAAACAAUAAUCCGGUAGAAAUAAAACUUAUCGACUUCCAAACUAUCCAACUGGCGUCACCAGCUGAUGAUCUACUCAUGUACAUUUUUACAAGUUUACGAAACGAGUUGUUGGAAGAAAAUUUGGAAUUACUCUUGAAGUACUACUAUGAUGAGUUCAUUGCCACCUUAACCAGUCUGAAGUGUGCCACUGGACCAUUCACGUAUGAGUCAUACAAAAGGGAAAUCCACACCGCCUUCAAAGAUUGGCAGUUCAAUCACAUUGUUUCAAUGUGCUAUCCAGUGUUUAAAACUGGAAUGAAAGAAGAGCAGAUGAAGGAAUUUACUCACGAGACGUUGAUGGAGGAAGAAGAAUUGAGCGACGAACAUAAAAACAAGAUAAAAACGAUUUUACCAAUCUUUGAAAAAUUAGGUUCCCUUGUAUACAACAUGUCGAACGAAGUGCCGGAUGAUAUUAUCGCUUUAUCAAAUAAAAUCGUCAGUCGAAUUGGAAUAAAAGACUUUGAGUUGAUUCUGGAAGGUGGUAAUGAUAAAGGCGAAGGCUAUUUGGGGGAGAUAAUUUUCCUCCAACUGAAAGACAAAUCCAGUGGCAAGUCGUUGUAUAUCGUAGUCAAGAGAGCAUUUUUGAAUGACCAAGUGAGAGACACGAGUCCUAUCAGAAAAACAUUCCUAAACGAGAUUUACCUCUAUGACAAAAUUAUGCCAAGUUUGCAGAGGUUUCAAGAAGAAAACGGGCUGGGAAAGUUCGACAAAAUAAGUAAAUGUUACCUUACCAAUUCAGAAGACUGCAAUGAGUACAUCGUAUUAGAGAACAAUAAAAAAUUGGGAUACGAGAUAUUCGACAAAACAAAAAUCCUUUCUUAUCAACACCUGGAAUUCAUCUUUAAAACAUACGCUCAACUACACGCAUCCAGCUACUUAUUCAGAAAAUAUCAAACAGAAGAAUUUAAUAAAUUGGUAUCUAAUAUACAAGAUUUGACUGACGAUUUCCUUAAGAAAGAUAUUUUCGAUAAAAUAUGGCAAACGUCGUUUGCCCUUGCUGCAAAAACGUUAAAACCCGGAGAGGAUGAUUCUGUGAUUAAAGCAUACGAAAAAUACACCCAAAAGGGAAUUGAUAUAUUCGAAAAAGCAUGGACAUAUACGGGAAAAUAUCCACUUCUUACACACGGAGACUGUUGGAGUAAUAACAUGAUGUUCAAAUUUAAUGAGAAUGGAACUAUGACAGAUCUAAAACUUUUGGACUGGCAGCUUAUAAAAGUAGGUAGCCCUGUACAUGAUUUGUCCUAUUGUUUGUAUUCGGGCGCGUCCGCAGAUACGUUUGAUAGAUUGGACGAGCUUCUCAAAACAUACUACGACAGUUUUUCUUCGGUCUUGAGAAAAGUUGGCGAAAAUCCAGGUGAAAUUUAUCCUUUUUCUGUGCUAAAAGACGAAUGGACGGAAUAUUGUAAAUUUGGGCUGUUGAUUUCCAUCGUGGUGAUUAAAAUAAAAAUGACCAAGCAAGAAGAAAAAGUCGAUUUAGUCGAACUGAGUAUGAGUGAUAAUAAGGAAGAAAUGGCACAAAAAUUCUCAGAAGGUACUCCAUCUGAGGAAUACGACAAAAGAAUACGAGAAUUGUUACUACACAUAUACAAAAUAGGAGGGCUGUAAAGAAAAUCUUGGACUGUAACGAUAUUUUAAUAUUUGUUUGUUAUAACAAGAACAAAGAUUCAAACAUUUUUUAUAAUAAUUUUAUUAUUUAAAAAUUUAUUUAUAUAAGCAAGAAUAAAAUAAAUAAAUAUACUAUUA